AUGUUGCGCACUUCGUUGCGCCAGUGCUCCCGGCAGCUCCAGAGCUGUUCGGCCAAAGCAAGGCUCUCGACAAUCGCCGCCUCGCCGGCCAGGACAAAUGCCAUCUCGACAUGUCGCCGCCCGUUGGCAGUGGCUCAGCGUCGCCAGUAUGCCCUCGCCGCCGAGGACACGGACAAGGGCGUUGACCCCAACGAUAGCUUCCUGAGCGGCAACACAGCCAACUACGUCGACGAGAUGUACAUGCAGUGGAAGCGCGAUCCCUCGAGUGUGCACAUCUCGUGGCAGGUCUACUUCCGCAACAUGGAGUCUGGCGACAUGCCUGUUUCGCAAGCCUUUCAACCUCCGCCGACCAUCGUUCCCUCCACCAGCUCCGGAAUCUCCGACAUCAGGCCCGGUCUCGGCAUGGGCCCUGGUGAAGGCUCCGAUGUCAUGAACCACCUGAAGGUCCAAUUGCUGGUCCGCGCGUAUCAGUCUCGCGGACACCACAAGGCACGCAUCGACCCCCUCGGCAUCCGCACAGAGGCCGAGCAGUUCGGCUACAGCAAACCCCGCGAGUUGGAGCUGUCUCACUACAACUUCACCGAGAAGGACUUGGACCAGGACAUCGAGCUCGGCCCUGGUAUUCUGCCUCGCUUCAGGACCGAGAACCGCACCAAGAUGACCCUGCGCGAGAUCAUUCAAGCUUGCGAGCGCCUGUACUGCGGAUCGUACGGUAUUGAGUACAUCCACAUCCCAGAUAGAGAGCAGUGCGACUGGCUGCGCGAGCGCAUUGAAGUUCCCCAGCCAUUCAAGUACUCUGUUGACGAGAAGCGCCGCAUCCUGGACCGUCUGAUCUGGGGCACUAACUUCGAGGCUUUCUUGGCGACAAAAUACCCCAACGAUAAGCGUUUUGGUCUGGAGGGUGGUGAGAGUCUGAUUCCCGGUAUGAAGGCUCUGAUCGAUCGCAGUGUCGACUACGGUGUCAAGGACAUUGUCAUUGGUAUGCCCCAUCGUGGACGACUCAACGUACUGUCCAACGUUGUAAGGAAGCCCAACGAGUCCAUCUUUAGCGAAUUCGCUGGCAGUGCUGAGCCCUCUGACGAGGGAUCUGGCGAUGUCAAGUACCACCUGGGAAUGAACUUUGAGCGUCCUACUCCUUCCGGCAAGCGUGUCCAGCUGUCUCUGGUCGCCAACCCUUCUCACUUGGAGGCCGAGGACCCUGUUGUGCUUGGCAAAACCCGCGCUAUCAUGCACUACAACAACGAUGAGAAAGAGGGCCGUACCGCCAUGGGUGUUCUCCUCCACGGUGACGCCGCCUUCGCUGGGCAGGGUAUCGUGUACGAGACCAUGGGUUUCCACGCUCUCCCUAGCUACCACACUGGAGGAACCAUUCACAUCGUUGUCAACAACCAGAUUGGUUUCACCACGGACCCUCGAUUCUCCCGCUCGACACCUUACUGCUCUGACAUCGCCAAGGCUAUCGAUGCGCCUGUCUUCCACGUCAACGGAGACGAUGUCGAGGCCAUGAACUUUGUCUGCCAGCUCGCCGCUGAUUUCCGUGCCGAAUUCAAGAAGGACGUCGUUAUCGACAUGGUUUGCUACCGUAAGCAGGGUCACAACGAGACGGACCAGCCCUUCUUCACUCAGCCUCUCAUGUACAAGAAGAUUUCGGUACAGGAGCCUACUCUUGACAUCUACGUCAAGAAGCUCUUGGAAGAGAAGACUUUUACUAAGGAGGAUGUGGAUGAGCACAAGGCUUGGGUAUGGGGCAUGCUCGAUGAAAGCUUCAACCGUAGCAAGGACUACCAGCCUACCGCCAAGGAGUGGCUGACUUCUGCGUGGAACGGCUUCAAGUCACCCAAGGAGCUCGCUACCGAGGUGCUGCCGCACUUGCCCACCGCUGUUGAGGAGUCGCAGCUGAAGCACAUCGCACAAAAGAUUGGCAGCUCACCUGAGGGCUUUACUGUACACAAGAACCUCAAACGUAUUUUGGCUGGCCGCACGAAGACCGUCGAGGACGGUAAGAACAUUGACAUGGCCACCGCAGAAGCUUUGGCCUUUGGAUCUCUGUGUAUGGAAGGCCACCACGUCCGUGUUUCUGGUCAGGAUGUCGAGCGCGGUACCUUCUCCCAGCGUCACGCCGUUCUCCACGACCAGGAGACUGAGAAGACGUACACCCCUCUGCAGGACUUGAGCGAAGACCAGGAGACCUUCACCGUCUGCAACUCCUCGCUCAGUGAAUACGGAGUUCUUGGAUUCGAGUACGGGUACUCUCUUUCUUCGCCUAACGCUCUCGUCAUGUGGGAGGCCCAGUUCGGUGAUUUCGCCAACACUGCCCAGGUCAUUAUUGACCAGUUCGUCGCCUCUGGUGAAGUCAAGUGGCUUCAGCGUUCCGGUCUUGUCAUGAGCUUGCCCCACGGUUACGAUGGUCAGGGACCCGAGCACUCUUCUGGACGUAUGGAACGUUACCUGCAACUCGUCAACGAAGACCCUCGCAUUUUCCCUGCGCCCGAGAAGCUUGAGCGCCAGCACCAAGACUGCAACAUCCAGAUUGCUUACUGCACAAAACCUUCCAACUACUUCCAUCUGCUGCGUCGCCAGAUGAACCGCCAGUUCCGCAAGCCUCUUGUACUUUUCUUCUCGAAGUCGCUGCUCCGUCAUCCCAUGGCCCGCUCUAACAUUGAAGAGUUCACUGGCGACUCCCAUUUCGAAUGGAUCAUCAAGGAUCCAGCGCAUGAGUCUGGCGAGAUUGGCACCAAUGAAGAGAUCAAGCGUGUCAUUCUCUGCACAGGUCAAGUCUACACUGCCCUCGUCAACGAGCGUAAGGCCCGUGACCUCAAGGAUGUCGCCAUCACCCGUAUCGAGCAGCUGAACCCCUUCCCCUGGGAGCAGCUGAAGGAGAACCUCGACUCUUACCCUAACGCCCAGAACAUCAUCUGGGCACAGGAGGAGCCGCUCAAUGCUGGUGCUUGGAGCUUCACACAACCCAGGAUUGAGACUCUGUUGAACCAGACCGAGCACCACAACAGGCGCCACGUCAUGUACGCUGGACGUAACCCAAGUGCUUCUGUUGCUACCGGUCUCAAGGCCUCCCACAAGAAGGAGGAGAAGGACUUGCUGGAGAUGGCUUUCACCGUCAAGCAGGACAAGCUGAAGGGCGAGUAG